AUGGCCUCCACGAAGCGCAUCGCGAAGGAAUUCGCAGACUGCACCACCGCCCCACCCCCAGGAAUCUCCAUCACCCUCCCCUCGGACGCCGACCUGCACACCUGGCACGUCACCGUCACGGCGCCCCCCAACUCGGUUUAUGCGCCAGGCCGCUUCGGCCUGAUCCUCAAGUUUCCCGUCGACUACCCUUUCAAGCCGCCCACAAUCAACUUCACGACGCGCAUCUACCACCCCAACAUCACCAACGACUCGUUGGGGAACAUCUGCAUAGGUCUGCUGAAGAGUGAGAACUGGAAGCCCGCGAGCAAGGUCAUCAACGUCCUCGAGGCCGUCAGGAAUAUUCUCGUCGAGCCGAUGCCGGACGACGCGCUCGAGCAGCGCAUUGCGGACGAGUAUCGGAGGGAUAGGCCCGAGUUUGAGAAGAAUGCGAGGGCGUAUGUGGAGAGGUAUGCGAAGGGGACGGUCAAUUUUGUGCAGGCUCCUCCUCCUCCGGAGCAGAAGGAUGGUGGUGCGCCUGCUGCGGGUGGUGCCACUGGUGCUGCUAAUCCUGGUCGCGCUGCUGGUAGGCAAGGAGGAGGUUCUGGUUUGGGUUCGGCGUCCCGCCCUGCUCCACCUGCGUAG